UCCUAAUCAAUAUGACUCCCAGGCAUUUGGGAGAUCUUGCAAUACUUUGAUAAACUCUGUUUUUCCUCAUAAGAAGGAGAAACUAAUACUGGGAAACUGAUACAGAGAGGAAACAAGAAGAGAAGGUGACGUAAUGAGUUUGAUUAACGCAAUGCUCGAUCUUAAAAGAGUUCUCGAGUUCGAGAAGGAAAAUUUGACACCUGCGGAAAAUAAUAUUCUUAACUCGCUCGACAGGGAAUCUGUGAAGGAUUUUAUUGUUUAUACACUUGCUGGGUGUACAGCUGCGUGUAUUGCAACUCGGAAUAUCAGUAAAGCAAAAAUAUUUCAAGUCAACCUUCCAGGCAUAACUAUGAAUUUCGGUAUACCAUUUCGAGUCUACGUUUCAUCUGUAGCUGGUCUUUCGUCUGGACUUACCCUAGCUCAAAGAAGCUUUUAUCCGAGUGCAGAUCAGGUUCUUACACUCGAUGGCAGCGUACUGCAGAAGGAGUUAACGAAUAUAAUGAUGACAAAAUACCAGAAUGAUCCCUCCGUGAUGCAGCUUCUAUCUAAGCAUUUUUAUUUGGAGAGGGUUUUUGCUGAUUCGAGUAAUAAUCCUAAAUUAAUAUGGAGAGACCGGAAUUUCUUUAGCGAGGCAGUCCGUGGUCAUAGGACACAUGAUCAAGUCUCUUAUUGUAAAUCCAAAGACCAUUCUUGUAAUGAUUCUAAUGAUAAAUCCCAAGGCAGGUCUGAAAAUGUCACCAACAACAAAAAUCCAAAUCUUGAGACGAAGCAUACUUUUAUAAACGCAGGUCCUGAUACGACGUGGGAAUCAGACCCACUGGAUCGUGUAUUUGGUUAUACUCAUCCUUUGGAAGACCCUGUUCAUUCUGAUUCCCCCAAUAAACAACCUUCAGGAACACCAAAUCGGGUUAGAAGAAGAUCUCGCCGUUUGCGUCGGAUGCGGAAUCAUGAUGACCUUUCCAACUCUGAGCCUACAGCAGCUGUUUAGAACAAUCACCCUUCAAUGUUAUCAUUUACUAUCUCACAGGAACACUUUAUUAAUUGGAACCUAAAACUCUAUUAGCUUUAAUUUCGUAAAUAAUUAGAGGUAAAAAAAUUUAACUUGCCAUGCACAUUAUUUGCUUUUCAUGAAGCUUGUUGCUAAAGACAAGAAUCGCUGAAUUGUGGAAACACUAUAGGCCUGAUAUUGGUGGAGUAAGACCUGUUUGUUUUCAACCAUUCAACCAAAGAUGGCAAGCCUAUCAUUUAAAAUUAAUCUCAAGUUUUAACAUAUUAUCCAUGUUUAUAAUUUUAGUUAAUAUUGUCAAGUCAAUUGGACAUCUUUACAACCAUUUUCAGAUCAAAGAUUUUGACAAACUUAAAUAUUUAUUGGGUAUUGAGAUGACACAAUUCAAUGAUGGUAUUGUUAUAUCUCAAAAGAAAUAUAUAUGGGAUAUU